AUGGCCGCUGAACAGGAACCGCCGCUGCAUGGGAAUGCGGCCUGGACUAGCUAUGUGAAGUCGGAGUACCUAGAUGCGCUGGGCCUCCGCUCGCAGCUGGUUGACUGGUUUCCCCCACAGCCAAAGAAGCCCCUGGAGGGCGAGCUGGCGCGGGAGAUCGACUGUGCAAGCACCGGGUUCGGCCAAAGCUCCGACCCCCCGGUCAUGCUCCUGGCCCCGGCGCGGGUGGAGGCCCUCAACGGCUCGGACCCCCUGCCUGAGGCUUGCCGGGUCCUUUAUCUCCCUGCGGGUGCGCAGCUUGCUGGAGAGGCGCAUGUGCACGGAGUCCUCAGCGAGGAUGAGGACGCGCUGCUGCCGGUCUUCUCGGCCACGGCGCCGGACCAGGACUUCGCGCCGGGCACCGCCAAGUCCCGGCGGUACUUCUUCGACGCGGUGCCGGAGCUUCCAACGGAUGUCGCCUUCAAGAAGAAGUACGUCCUCUCCAUUUACUUCUUAUCUCCUGACAGCUUUUGUGCCGGGCCCAACGAGACCCAGCUGAGCCCUGAGAUGGUGAAGGCAGAUAUUGCCCCGCAGCAUGUCUAUGUCGAGGAUGGCACCCACCAGACUCGAGAGGCGGCGUUUAAGCAUUAUCACUUCACCAUGUUCUGCGGGGAUUUCUCGAAAGAGCCAUUUCCGCCCUUGGCCUUGAUCUACUCAUUGGCCUAUGUGGCACAUGCAAUGGUGCCCGAGUUCCUUCACUGGAAGGGGAGCAGGAUGUUCUUCCACCUGCCGGAUGCUUCUCAGGGAGUUCGCUCCACCCGGAUCCUGGGGCUGGAGGCGUACCUCCAGAGCUUGAUGACGUCGCCGUCCAAGGAGAAAGUCAUGGAGUUCAAGGAGACCUUCACUUUGCUCUGCCAGGUGCUCUUCCGGUACCGCUACGCGGAGCCCGCGCCCAGGCGCGCGCAGGUGGCGGCCUGCGGUCUCUGCGACGCCAAAGCGCGGGAGGAGCGGCGGGCGAUUGCGCGCGGGGACGAGGCCGUGGCCGUGGUCUUCUGUGUCAUGAGCCGACGCAGUGCCCAUGAGCUUCGCCAGGUGGUGCGAGAGACCUGGGGCAAGGGCCUGGCAGGGAAGGCCCCCGCUGUGGUGCAGCGGUUCUUCGUGGGUCAAGCUGCCAACGAGUCGCACGUGUUGCAGGACCGUGACCAGGGCGACGUGGUGGAGCUACCAGUGAAGGAGUCCUACCGCACUUUGAACCUCAAGGCCUUGGCCAUGCUCUCGUGGGCCCAUGAGAGGUUUCCCAACCUGCAGUGGCUGGUGCGCCACGACGACGACGUCUACCUGCGCGCCCCGGCGCUGCUGGCGCAGCUGGCGAGCCGCCCCCCGGUGCGCUACCUCUGGGGCAUGGGUCGCUGCCCGGAGAGGUUCGAUCAUGGGUCCAGCCCUGUCCGCGAUCCAGCACACCAGCACUACAACUCCUUCGAGCAGUUUCCGAAGCAAGAUCAUCCCGCUUGGGGAGAUAUCUUCCCACCGUAUGCCCGGGGCCUUCUGUGGGCCAUGUCCGCAGAUUUGGUGGCGGCGACGGUCAGAGAGUUCAGGGAAGACCUCCAGGAGCAGCCGGACAUCCCCCUGGACGAGGAGGCGGCGAACCGUUUGCCUCACCCGGAUGAUCCUGCAGUCGGGGUGCUGAUUGCAGGGUUGGUUCGGCAGGGCAUGUCCAUCAACUUGGACGACCGCGACUUCAACUCCUUCUCUCUCAACCCCUCUUGCAACUCCACCUUCUCCAACAUUCACAACCGGACUUGGGUGGUCCACCACGUGAAGCCGGAGACAAUGCGCUGUAUGUGGGACUUGGAUACCGCGGAGUCGGCGGUUGGCAUCUCCGACCAAAACUCCGUCAUUGAUGCAUCCAGCCGCAUCUUCCCGGACCUAUGCCGAUGUUCCACCGAAGUGGUGGAAGAGGAAGAUGGAGAGGAGGAGCCUUUCUGGUACGACAAGUCUCGCUUCAACAAUGCUCGGCCAAAGACCGCCGACGGCAAGGUGAGCUUCUGGGAAGAAGUGCAGAGAAGGCGCCGCGAGGAGCGGCGGAGGCGAAAGCCGAGCGAGGUGCAACAGCUCCUCCAGGACCUGCGGAAAGAGCGCGCUCAAGACCCUGUACAGAGCCCCACAGGCAGCGAGGCGACCGCGCCCGGCUCCGGGUCUGAAAGGGUCGUCAGCGUUUCCCCCCGGGGCAGCGAGGUGCAGCAGAUCCUGGCAGAGGUGCGGCAGGAGCGGCUCACGAGGACCUUCCCAGGUGUGAGUCGGCGCCAGCCCAAAGCCCAGCCCACGCCCGCGCGCACGCCCGCCCGCACGGCACCCCCCCGUGCGCCGGCCUUGGCGCCGGCCUCGGCGCCGGCGCCGGCGGCCGCGGAGCGCAAGGCGUCGCCCGUGCGGCGGCAGCUCUUCAAGGAGCCGGAGCGGCGGGGACGCGUGUCCGUCACUGGCACUAGGGACCGGGACGACAGCCCGGCGCUGAAGCGGCGGCACGAGCUGGGCAGCUUAGGCAGCGGCUCCGUGGGGCUUUGGUCUGCGGACCUGCGCCGCAGCGGCUCGCCCACAGGAGCCAGUCAGGAGGACCGCUUCGAGAGCACAGAGGCGCAGGCGUACCCGGCUGGUGGCUGGGACACGAGAACCAGCUGCCCCCGAUCCUUCGAUGAUUUUCCCAAUGGAGUCAUCAAGAGGAACGGUCAGGCCGCAACGAGAGCUUCCCGGAGGGCCAGGACUCCAAGCGCCUCCCCGGAGAAGCGGAAGGAAGAUGCGGACUCGGAGCGGUUCAAGGCCUUGCUGAAGGACGCACAAAGCGCGGUUCUUCGGGCCACUGGCGCAAGUGCGCCUCCAAAGGAGGAUGCUGAGGCGGAAGCGAAGAAAGAUGCGGAAUAGAUGCACCA